UUCUCCAUUGCUUUGUCAUGUUCCUUUCCUCCUGUUCAAUUGUGCACAUCAAUCCAUAUUUAAGAAUAUUCUCAUUUCAACAAAGCUCACUUUUAGACAGGGAAAGAAACACUAUUUAAAAUGAGCUCAAAUAUGUAAUAGUAGUACUUGAAUGAAAUGGAAGUGUUGCACAAACAUAAUAAUAUUUUGCAAAUAGACUGUAUAACUGACAUUGUAACCUUGAGGUACACACGAAAGUAGGUGAAACUUUGCGCUUCGUAAAAGAUGAAGAAAAGUAAUUUAAUGUAGUAUACCUUUUUUUCCUCCCUGAACAUGUGUCAAACUACCAUUGUUUUAACAUUUUUUGGUUCAGUCAAGUUGGUCAUUAUUAUCAAAUCUGUAAAACUUGAAAUAUUGUAUUGUUAAAAAAAAAAAAUAGUGAGUGAGGGACAUUAUCAACUCUCUCAUUUGCACAUCACUGAGUUGUAAUAAAUGUUUUGUGAAAAAUAAGCGAAAUUUAAAAUGUCAUAACUUUCUUAUUUUACAUCCGAUUUUGAUGAAAUUUUCGGCAUUAAUGGCCCCCUUAAAAAUUUCAAUGAUAAAUCCAUAAGCACAAUAGGGCCACGCCAUAUUGUUCAAGACUAUUUUUUGGAUACAUGCAUGGAUAUGUGGUUAUGAUAUUACCAUGGAGCUAUCAACACAUUAAUAGCUCAAUGAUAAUACAAGUGCAUGACAGACCACAAUUGCUCAAUAUCGUGAUUUCAUGUAUAAAGCCAAUGCAAAUUUUUCGCCAACAUUUUUAUCUGUAUCAAUAUUUGUACCUUUUGUUAAUGAUUGGAAAAUUAUUGCCAAUAAUUUCCAUUAAAAAAACGAUUAAAAAAACACAAAAAUAACCACAAAACUGUAGAUAAGAAAUAUGUAAAAAAAAACAUUUAAAACAAUUUGAUCACAAUUCCUCAAUUAAAGAAAUAAGCAGUUCAAGGGCCUAAUAUUACAGAUUUAAACCCAAUUUUGUAUUUCAUGCACUUAUGGGUACCCGGUAGAAUGUAAAAGUCAUUGUAGCUUGUCCAGUACUGUGUGCGCCUCACUGGCGACUGACUUGAAUACCACCCAGGGAGUGGAGGAUGUGCAUACAUUUUGUGCGGGAAUGACUGAUUGAAUCCGAUGACUGUGGUAAUAAAUCUUUAAAGCGCUUAGACAUGUCGUUCCGAUGUAUUAAGCGCUAUAUAAAAGCGGACUUUUAUUAUUAUUAUUACUUAAAAUUUGUAUAAUUGAUUCAAAUGAAAUAAAGCAUAUUGAGUAAAUGAAAUUAAGCAUUGAAAGCCUAUAGUCUAUAGAUUAUGUCAUUUUCUUACAUUGUGCGAAUUCUUCUCACCCCCUAGAUUGACAAGACUAAAAAAACCUGAGACUACAUCAUAUGUAUGAGGAAUAAACUUAUGAAAUGUCAACUUACUUUUUCGGCAUUCAAUUUCCUUGAUUUAGUUAUUUGGGGGAAAAUAUGAACUUUUCUGUUGGAAAUUCAGUAACAAAAAUUGUAGUCAUCUCUUACUUACUCCAAAAAUGUAUUUAAAACAUCAAGAGCUUAAAUCAUACUGUAUUAAGAGUACAAUUUAAUUGAUUUACAGAAAAUUACAUCGUUCGUUGGAGAAAAAAUCGUUUUAAAACGAUUUAAAACGUUUUAAAACAAUAAAAAGCGUUUUAUUUGUUUUUUUUUAAUAAAAAACGUUUUUUAUUACAACCCUGGUUUGCACCGUCGUAUGUGUGAUACGACAGUUGGGAUGACCGCCGACAAUAAUAACUCUUGCAUGUAACAAGGUAUGUAUAUGUAUAAGGGAAACAUGAUCAGCAAAAUCAUCUGGCAUCUCAUGUUUGUUUGAAAGAAAUGGUGAUUAUAUUGAUGUUUUCAGGGCUUAGUUAUCAUAUGAUGAUUGAUAUAAUUUACAAGUUACCAAUUACUUAAACAUGUUAAACAGUAUUAUUGUUUUAAUGUACUAUAUAUGGUUUUUUUGUGUGUGAGUAAUUUCUAAGUACGUAUAUUAUUGACAUAAGGCUGUAAGUUUUAUUUUUUGUAACAUAUAAUUGAAUACGUGAAUGAUACAGAAAUAAUCAAGCUUCUGUCUUAUAUGUACAAUGUACUUCCUCUCCUCCAGCAAAAUUACCAAUAUAUGAAGCAAUGUGUGGAGAGUGGUCCUAUCCCAGUCAUGGAAGAGCAACGGUAUACCAAUAUCCUAAGUUUGGUACCUUCCCAUCUUCAAGGGUCUAAGUACAUGCAAGAAACCAUUCAGGAAUUAUUUGAGGAGGUACAGGGUGACUUCCAUAGUAGCAUGAUGAAAUCAAUGACACAACAUGUAUUGGUUAAACCAAAUGUGAAAGGACUUGAGAAAGACACAACCGGUGAACCACCAGCAGAACCAGUUGGUCUUGAUUACUCCAGUCCUUGGCACAAUGAUUAUUUGGAUGCAGUAGAAGUGAUGCAAUGCAAUCUCCACAUCACCCAUCCUUCCAUGCAGAUUGUACUGGGAAUGUGUCAGACAAGCCUUGGAAAGCUCUUACUGGUUGAUCUCAAAGGUCAAAGGGCUCAAGGUCCUGUAGAAUGUGAACAUCUGAAAAACAAUGUUAUCCUCGAGUGUGAGAAGAUGGAAGAGAGACUGAUGCACAGCUGGUGGCCAGAAGUGCUUAAUGUGUUUAUGGAUAGAAAAAGACUGUCAGAUGUUUCUCCUGAGAAACUAGAAUCAUUCUACUGCAGUGUCUCUACUCUCAUAUCAAAUCAGUUGAAGCAGCUGAUUGUACGAUCUAUUGAAGCAUGGGUGGAGCUGUUUGAUAUGGAUGAUAAGCAGCACCUACCUAUCUUUAAAAUGGAACUGACCUACGACAAUGACAAGAUGGAGUUCUACCCAUACUACUCAGAUCUUGAAGAAUGCCUCCUCUUUGUAGUUCUUCAGCUGACCAAGACAAUGCAGAGUGUUCCUACUGUCCAAUCUUGGCUCUCUGGUACCAAUGAGCUCAGUAGCAUUGAUGUCAUGGUGGCUGAGCAUGUUGUUAAAUUAGCUAGAAGCAAACUAAAGGAAGCCUGUAAGCUGAACUUUGAAGAGCCUAGCGCUCACCUGGAUUCAUAUAUGGAGAAAUAUGAACACUUGUGCAAUGGAGAAGCUCAGGGCAAAGUCAAUCAAUUCCUUGAAGAUGAACACACAUUUGAAGAAUACUGCAAGUACAUUGAGGAAUUCCGUAAUUUGGCUAAAGAGAUUAUGAGUCUUGAUAGCAUCGUUCACUUCGACAUGGUCCGUCUAGAUUGUGAGGAUCUCAAGAGAGGUUUGGCUGAGAAAUCUAGGGGUUAUGCAAACACACUACUAGACAGAGUAGCAUCAGACCACAGACAGGAGAAUGAAAGCAUCUGCAAGGAGUUUGAGACAAUCAAAGAGCGUGCACUGAAGACACCUGAGAGCUCAGAAGAGAUGAUGGAGAUGAUUUCAUACAUUGAGAAGGCUCGUAUUGAAGGAAUCAAGGGACUAAAGAAGCGCAUUGAAGACAGCAGACGAAAGAUGAAUUUCCUCCUUGAUAUCUACCUAUUCCAGCUUGAUCAUAUUGAACUCAACAAAACAGUGCUCAUGUGGCCAAGCAAUAUUCAGCCUAUCUUUGAUGACAAUGAAGAGUUGGUUGAGAAAUCCAAGAGGAAGGGAGAAAGUGAACUCUUGGAGAAACGGGAGAAGCUCAUGAUUGAGCUGGAGAAGAUUCGCAAGAGAGUAGCAGAAUUUGCAGAGUAUGGAGAAUUAGACAUGAUGGUCCAAUAUGUAAAUGAUGUUAGAGCUGUUCAGAAGAGAUUAGUAGAUGCACAAGAUACUAUCAACUUCAUCAACAAGGAGGAGAAACUGUUCAAGUGGGACGGGACCGAUUAUCCUGAAGUUGAUCUGAUAACCACUGCCAUUGAACCAUAUCAGAGGCUUUUUAGUCUUGUUGUCAAGUGGCAGAGAGCGGAAAAGAAAUGGAUGGAUGGUGCUUUCCUAGAACUCAACUCGGAGUCCAUUGAAGGAGAAGCCGAUGAAUACUGGAGAGACAUCUACAAGAUAACCAAAGGAUUCGUCAAUGCCAAGAAAAAAGAAGAGGCAGAGAAGGAGAAGAAUGCACCACCAAAGAGAAAGAAAAGAGAUGAUGCACCAGCAGAGGAAGAAGCUAAACCAGCUGAAGAAGAGACGGGAUGGGCAGCCAUUAAGGUCUGCAAUACAGUACAGGAACAGAUCAAAGAAUUUAAGGAAUUUAUUCCCACAAUUGCUAUCCUCUGCAACCCUGGUAUUAGAACCCGUCACUGGUCAAAGAUGUCUGAUAUUGCUGGUUUUGACCUAACCCCUGAUUCUGGAAGUACUCUACGUAAGGUUCUUAAACUCAACUUGGGUACUUACAUGGAGCAGUUUGAAUCAAUCAGUGCAGCAGCUACAAAGGAAUACUCAUUGGAGAAAGCCAUGGGUCGUAUGCUUGAGGAUUGGGAAUCUGUGUUUUUUGGCCUGACUGCAUACAGAGAUACAGGAGUCAAGAUCCUAGCUUCUGUAGAUGAAAUCCAGACCAUGCUGGAUGAUCAGAUUGUAAAAACCCAGACAAUGAGAGGUUCUCCUUUCAUCAAGCCAUUUGAAAAGGAAAUAAAGGUUUGGGAGGAGAGACUACUACACAUCCAGGAAACCAUUGAUGAAUGGUUGAAGGUACAGGCUCAAUGGCUCUACUUAGAACCCAUCUUUAGUUCAGAAGAUAUCAUGCAACAAAUGCCUGAGGAAGGUAGACUCUUCCAGACGGUGGAUCGUCACUGGAAGGAAAUCAUGAAACACACAUCCAAGGACCCAAAGGUGUUGGCUGCUACAUCUCUGACAGGAAUCUUAGAGAAGCUCCAGGAUAGCAACAACUUACUGGAUCGUAUCCUUAAGGGGCUCAAUGCCUAUCUGGAGAAAAAGAGGCUCUUCUUCCCAAGAUUCUUCUUCCUGUCAAAUGACGAGAUGUUGGAGAUUCUGUCUGAGACAAAGGAUCCACUGCGUGUCCAACCCCAUCUCAAGAAGUGCUUUGAAGGCAUUUCUAAGUUAGACUUUGAUGCUGCACUGGACAUUCAUGCUAUGUUUAGUAGUGAAGGGGAGAAGGUCAAGCUAAGUGAUGUGAUCUCAACAUCAGAAGCCAGAGGUGCUGUUGAGAAAUGGCUAUUACAGGUUCAAGAUGUCAUGCUCAGGAGUGUCAGGGAUGUUGUUGAAAAUGCUCAUGGGGCAUAUGCUGUGGAGCCAAGAGGGAAUUGGGUUCAAGAAUGGCCUGGUCAGGUGGUUAUCUGCGUCUCUCAGAUCUACUGGACAGAAGAAGUUCAUGAAGCUAUACGAGGUGGCCCUCAGGGUUUGAGGGAGUAUCAUGAGAAGCUGGAGUCUCAACUUCAAGAUAUUGUAGCUCUUGUACGUGGCAAGCUUUCCAAGCAAACCCGUACAACAUUAGGAGCUCUGACUACCAUUGAGGUGCAUGCUAGGGAUGUAGUGGAAGACAUGGCAAAUCAAGGUGUAAGUGAGGAGAGUGACUUUAACUGGUUAGCUCAGUUGAGAUACUAUUGGGAGGACAGUAAUACUCUUGUUCGUAUCACAAAUGCUACUGUCAAGUAUGCUAAUGAGUAUCUUGGAAACUCUGGAAGGUUGGUGAUCACCCCUCUCACUGAUCGCUGCUACCGUACCCUAGUCGGUGCUUUCCAUCUUAACCUUGGUGGAGCUCCAGAAGGUCCAGCUGGUACUGGAAAGACUGAGACCACAAAGGAUUUAGCCAAAGCCCUAGCUGUGCAGUGUGUGGUUUUCAACUGUUCUGAUGGUCUGGAUUACCUAGCCAUGAGCAAGUUCUUCAAGGGGCUUGCUAGCUCAGGUGCCUGGGCAUGUUUUGAUGAGUUCAACCGUAUAGAGCUUGAGGUGUUGUCGGUGGUAGCUCAACAGAUCCUUUGCAUACAAAGGGCUGUACAGACACAUCAGGAGACAUUCAUCUUUGAAGGGACAGAACUGGUCCUCAAACCAUCCUGCUUUGUAGCUAUUACCAUGAAUCCAGGUUAUGCUGGUCGAUCUGAGCUUCCUGACAAUCUUAAGGUUCUUUUCCGUACUGUAGCCAUGAUGGUUCCAGAUUAUGCCAUGAUUGGAGAGAUCAUGCUCUAUUCCUAUGGCUUUGUGGAUGCGAGGAACCUCUCAGUCAAGAUUGUUACAACCUACCGUCUCUGCUCUGAACAGCUUUCUUCACAGUUCCAUUAUGAUUAUGGCAUGCGUGCUGUCAAAGCUGUGUUGGCUGCUGCUGGCAAUCUCAAACUCAAAUUCCCAGAUGAGAAUGAAGAUAUUUUGCUCCUUCGAUCCAUCAUGGAUGUGAACCUGCCCAAGUUCUUGUCUCAUGACAUUCCAUUGUUUGAAGGUAUCAUCUCAGAUCUCUUCCCUGGUAUCACAUUACCUAAAGCUGAUUAUAAACUCUUCAUGGAGGCAGUACAUGAGAUCUGUGAGAAACGUAACCUUCAACCAGUUGAUAACUUCCUUGAGAAACUCAUCCAGACAUAUGAGAUGAUGAUAGUCAGGCAUGGUUUUAUGCUUGUUGGGGAGCCUUUUGCCGGCAAGACCCAGGUGCUUCAUGUCUUAGCUGAUGUCCUGACUUUAUUGAAUGAGAGGGGUCUGAAUGAAGAGGAGAAGGUCCUUUUCCGAACAGUUAACCCUAAGGCUGUCACCAUGGGUCAACUCUUUGGUCAGUUUGAUCCAGUUUCUCAUGAGUGGACAGAUGGAAUUGUUGCCAACACAUUCCGUGAGUUUGCAUCGACAGACACUCCUGAUCGUAAGUGGGUUAUAUUUGAUGGUCCUAUCGAUACAUUGUGGAUUGAGAGUAUGAAUACUGUACUGGAUGAUAAUAAGAAACUAUGUCUGAUGAGUGGAGAAAUCAUUCAGAUGUCACCACCAAUGAGCCUCAUCUUUGAAGCAAUGGAUCUCUCACAAGCUUCACCUGCCACUGUUAGCCGCUGUGGUAUGAUCUACCUGGAGCCUUCUAACUUGGGUUGGCGACCUGUCUUCAAAUCUUGGUGUAAUGAACUUCCAGAAGAACUCCUUAAAGAACUACCCCUUGUUCAGGCUCUCUUCAACUGGCUUGUUGAACCAUGUAUUGACUAUGUCAGGAGAAACUGCAAAGAAUAUGUUGCAACCAGCAUCAACAAUAUGGCUCGUUCUCUGAUGUACUUAGUCAGAAUGUUCAUGGAUGAAAACUUACCAAACUGUGACCCAAAGAAUCUCAAAUCAUGGCUCGUUAACACAUUUCUCUUCUCAAUCAUCUGGUCAGUUGGAUGUACAACAGACAACGAUGGUCGUGCAAAGUUUGAUACCUACCUUAGGGAUAUCAUUACAGGCAAAUCAGAAGAUCACCCUAUCCCAGGGGAGGUUGGAAAACUGGAUGUACCCCUCCCUCCUGAAGGCAUGGUCUAUGACUAUCUCUUUGAGUACAAGGCCAGAGGGAAGUGGACCCAUUGGAAUGACACAAUACGCAAUUCAACAGUUGGUGAAGGCAAGAAGGUCCAAGAGAUCAUUGUUCCUACCAUGGACACUGCUCGCUACACAUAUCUUAUGGAUAUUGCAGUUAGGCAUGAGAGGGCAAUCAUGUUUGUAGGACCUACAGGAACUGGUAAAAGCGUGUAUGUCAAGGAAAAGUUGAUGAAUAACCUGCCCAAGGAUGAAUAUGUGCCAAUGUUUAUCAAUUUCUCAGCUCAGACAAGUGCAAAUCAAACUCAGGACAUUAUCAUGUCUAAGCUUGAUAAAAGGCGUAAGGGUGUGUUUGGACCACCAAUGGGGAAAAAAUCAGUCAUCUUUGUAGAUGAUUUAAACAUGCCUGCUAGAGAGGUGUAUGGUGCUCAACCUCCUAUUGAGUUACUAAGACAGUACUUUGACCACAAGAACUGGUACGACAAGAAAGACACCACUAAGAUCAGUUUGAUUGACAUCCAGUUCUUGACUGCCAUGGGUCCUCCUGGUGGAGGUCGUAACCCCAUCACACCUAGAUUCCUUCGCCACUUCAAUGUCAUUGGUAUUGUACCUUUCAACGAUGAAACUAUGCAGAGAAUAUUCUCUACCAUUGUUAAUUAUUAUAUGAAGGCUAAUGAGUUUCCACCAGAGCUGUUUACCAGUGGAACCAUGGUAGUACAGGGCACCAUGGAAGUCUACAAACAAGCCAUGGACAACCUUCUUCCUACUCCAGCCAAGUCUCAUUACACUUUCAACCUUCGCGACUUUGCUCGUGUCAUCAAUGGUGUCCUCCUUAUCAAGAAGAAGGCAGUAGAGAGCAAGAGGACGCUCACCAGACUCUGGGUUCAUGAAGUCUUCCGUGUCUUCUACGAUCGUCUAAUUGAUGAUCAGGACAGAGAAUGGCUGUUCCAGUUGUGCAAAACUCUUGUAAGAGAUAUUUUCAAGGAUAGCUUUGAGGCCGUGUUUGAGCAUCUAGACCCAGAUCACCGAGGUAUCAAGCAAGACAACAUGCGUUCUCUUAUGUUUGGUGAUUACAUGAACCCUGAGGCUGAUGAUGAAGAUAAGAUGUAUGAAGAGGUGAUGUCUCUUGAGGAGUUCAACAAGGUUGUAGACUUUCAGCUAGAUGAAUACAACCAAAUGCAUAAGAACGGAAUGAAUCUGGUUAUCUUCAGGUAUGUUCUUGAGCACUUGUCACGCAUUAGUCGUAUCUUGAAGCAGCCAGGAGGCAAUGCUAUGUUGGUAGGUGUAGGUGGUAGUGGUCGUCAAUCAUUGACCCGUCUCGCUGCACACAUGGCUGGCUUCAGUCUCUUCCAACCUGAAAUCUCCAAGAGUUAUGGCAUGAAUGAAUGGAGAGAUGAUCUCAAGAAUCUUCUGAAGAAUGCAGGAGCAUUUGGGAAACCUACAGCUUUCCUCAUCACAGAUACUCAAAUCAAGGAAGAAUCUUUCCUGGAAGAUAUUGAUAACCUUCUCAAUGCAGGUGAAGUGCCUAAUCUUUAUCCUCCAGAUGAAAAGGCAGAACUGUUAGAGGCCGUGAGACCAGCAGCUCAAGCAGGUGAUAAGAAUGCGGACUUCAGUCCACUGGCUCUCUUUGCCUUCUUUGUCAACCGCUGUAGGGAGAAUCUCCAUAUCAUCAUUGCCUUCUCACCCAUUGGAGACACCUUCAGGAAUCGUCUGAGGCAGUUCCCAUCCCUCAUCAACUGCUGUACCAUCGACUGGUUCCAGGCAUGGCCAGAGGAUGCCUUGGAAAGGGUAGCCAACAAAUUUCUGGAAACAGUAGAGAUGGAGGAUGAUGAGAGAGGCAGUGUUGUCAACAUCUGCAAGCAUUUCCAUACAAGUGCUCGAAACCUUUCAGAAAAGUUCUUUUCUGAUUUGGGGCGACACAACUAUGUGACACCAACCUCAUACCUAGAGCUGAUCUCGGCCUUUAAGACCUUACUUGGUAAGAAACGUGAUGAGACAGCCAAGGCUAAGCGCCGUUACGUUGUGGGUCUUGAGAAACUCAAAUUUGCUGAGAAACAGGUUGGUGAGAUGCAGGUAGAACUGGUAGAACUACAACCCAAGCUUGUGGUGGCUUCAGAAGAAAAUGAGAAAAUGAUGAAGGUGAUAGAGAAGGAGUCUGUAGAAGUGAUGGCUACCAGUGAGGUGGUAAAACGUGAUGAAGCGUCAGCUAAUGAGCAAGCUGCUGCUGCUCAAGCUCUCAAGAAUGAAUGUGAGAGUGAUCUAGCUGAAGCUAUCCCAGCAUUGGAAGCUGCUCUAGCUGCUCUCAACACACUCAAGCCUGCUGACAUUGCUGUAGUAAAGACGAUGAAGAACCCCCCUGCUGGUGUGAAGCUUGUGAUGGCUGCUGUUUGUGUUAUGAAAGACAUCAAACCUGAGAAGAUUGCAGACCCUGCAGGUACUGGUGGAAAGAUCCUAGACUACUGGGGACCCUCUAAGAAACUUGUAGGAGACAUGAACUUCCUCAACAUGCUCAAGACAUAUGACAAGGACAAUAUCCCAGUGGCAACAAUGAAGAAGAUCCGCAGUGAAUACAUGACCAAUCCUGAGUUUGAUCCUGCUAAGGUAGCCAAAGCUUCUUCUGCUGCUGAAGGGUUGUGUAAGUGGGUAACUGCUAUGGAGGUCUAUGACAGGGUGGCCAAAGUUGUUGCUCCAAAGAAAGAGAAGCUGAAGGAAGCAGAGGAGUCUUUAGCAACCACUAUGUCAAUCCUGAAUGCCAAACGAGCUGAGCUGAAGGCCGUUGAAGAACGUCUGCAGGCUCUCAAAGAUCAGUUCCAGGAGAUGACAGACAAGAAGGACCAAUUGGAGAAGCAAGUAGACCUUUGUGCUAAAAAACUAGAGAGAGCAGAAAAGCUCAUUGGUGGACUUGGUGGAGAGAAGGAAAGGUGGACAUUGGCAGCUGCCAAUUUGCAGAGCAUUUAUGACAACUUGAUUGGUGAUGUUCUAAUAUCAUCUGGUGUCAUUGCCUACCUUGGAGCCUUCACUUCAUCCUAUAGACAAGCUUGUACUACAGACUGGACUAAGCAAUGCACGGAGAAGAAUAUUCCAUGUUCAAAUGAAUUUUCGUUGAGUAACACUUUAGGAGAACCCAUCAAGAUCAGAGCCUGGAACAUUGCUGGUCUCCCUACAGACAACUUCUCAAUUGACAAUGGUGUGAUUGUUGACAAUGCCAGACGAUGGCCCCUUAUGAUUGAUCCACAAGGUCAAGCCAAUAAGUGGGUGAAGAACUCUGAGAAAGAUAACAAACUAUCUGUCAUCAAGUUGACUGAUGGUGACUAUAUGAGGACACUUGAAAACUGUAUACAGUUUGGCACUCCUUUGGUUCUUGAGAAUGUUGCUGAGGAACUUGAUCCUUCACUAGAGCCAUUGUUACUCAAGCAAACCUUCAAACAGGGAGGUGUUGAUUGCAUCAAGCUUGGAGAGAGCGUAAUAGAGUAUUCUCAAGACUUUCGAUUCUACAUCACAACUAAGCUACGCAACCCUCACUACCUACCUGAACUCUCUGUCAAGGUCUCACUUCUCAAUUUCAUGAUUACCCAGGAUGGUUUAGAAGAUCAACUCCUUGGAAUUGUAGUUGCUAAAGAAAGACCUGAGCUAGAGGAGGAACGACAGGCUUUGAUCCUCCAGAGUGCAGCAAACAAAAAACAGCUCAAGGAGAUUGAAGAUAAGAUCUUGGAAACCUUGUCAUCUUCAGAAGGCAACAUCCUCGAAGAUGAAAGUGCCAUCCUUGUCUUAGACUCAUCUAAAGUUUUAUCUGAUGAGAUCUCUAAGAAACAGAAGGUUGCUGAGGAAACAGAAAAGAAAUUGAACGAAUCGAGAGCAGGCUACCGUCCUAUUGCCAACCAUUCUAGCGUUCUUUUCUUCUCCAUCGCUGACUUGCCUAACAUUGAUCCCAUGUAUCAAUACUCACUCACUUGGUUUGUCAAUCUCUACAUCAAUUCCAUUCAAGACAGCAAUAAGUCCAAGAUUUUGGAACGUCGUCUGCGUUAUCUGUCUGACCACUUCACCUAUAAUCUCUACUGCAAUGUAUGUCGUUCAUUAUUUGAGAAGGAUAAGCUCCUUUUCUCUUAUCUUCUCUGCAUCAAUAUUCUUCUGGCUGCUCCUGAUACAGAUAAAAAGGAGAUGGAUCAAACAGAGUCCAUGUUUUUCUUAACUGGAGGAGUAGGUCUGGAAAACAAACUUGAGAACCCAGACCCAUCAUGGCUUUCAGAUAAAAGUUGGGAUGAGCUUUGUAGAAUGUGUGACAUGCCAGCAUUCAAAGGAUUUAGGGAUAAUUUCCAGGACAAUGUAGGAGAAUGGAAGACCUUCUAUGAGAGUAAGGAACCCCAUCGUGAGUCACUUCUAGCACCAUGGCAAGACAAACUUACAGACUUCCAGAGAGCUAUUGUUGUUAGGUGCCUUAGACCAGAUAAGGUCCUCCCACUAGUUACCGAUUUUGUAAUCAGCAAGCUUGGUCAGAAGUUUGUCCAACCACCACCUUUUGACCUUGCUAAGAGUUUUACAGACUCCCAUGCCUGUGCACCCCUCAUCUUUGUUCUCUCACCUGGAGCUGAUCCAAUGGCAGCUCUUCUCAAGUUUGCUGGAGAUAAAGGAUUCAGCGGAGAGAAAUUUAAUGCUAUCUCACUUGGACAAGGACAGGGUCCUGUAGCUGCAGCUCUAAUUGCUACAGCUAUCAAGGAAGGUACAUGGGUUGUACUUCAGAAUUGUCAUCUUGCCGUCUCCUGGAUGCCUGCCCUUGAAAAACUGUGUGAGGAAUUCAGUCCAGAAAAUGUCAACCCUGAAUUCAGGCUUUGGCUCACCAGCUAUCCAUCAGACAAAUUUCCAGUGACUGUUCUUCAGAAUGGUGUUAAGAUGACCAAUGAACCUCCUACAGGUCUUAGGAUGAAUCUUUUACAGUCAUAUAUUAGUGAUCCUAUCAGUGACCCAGAAUUCUUUGCAUCAUGUCCAGGAAAAGAACUGAUCUGGGAGAAGCUUCUAUUUGGUCUGUGUUUCUUCCAUGCUCUGGUUCAGGAAAGAAGAAAGUUUGGUCCACUAGGUUGGAAUAUUGCCUAUGGUUUCAACGAGUCUGACCUUCGUAUCAGCAUCAGGCAAUUACAGAUGUUUGUGAAUGACUAUGAAGAGGUUCAGUAUGCUGCUAUUUCCUAUCUGACUGGAGAGUGUAACUAUGGUGGUAGAGUGACUCAAGAAUGGGAUCGACGCUGUCUUCUCACCAUCCUGGCAGAUUUCUACACUCCUGAUAUCAUUAGUGAUCCUAAGUACAAGUUUUCACCUAGUGGAGACUACCAUUCACCUCCUAAGGGAACCUACGAGAGCUACAUUGAGUUCAUCAAGUCCUUACCAGUCACCCAGGUACCUGAAGUCUUUGGUAUGCAUGACAAUGUAGACAUAUCCAAAUCUCUUCAAGAGACCAGACUUCUCUUUGAUAACAUCCUUCUUACUAUGGGAGGUAAGGGUAUGGGAGGAAGCAGUGGCUCAACUGAUAACAUCUUAUCAGACAUUGCAAAAGACAUUGUUUCCAAGCUUCCAUCAAACUUUGAUCUGGAGGCAGGCUUGAACAAGUAUCCAGUUACAUACAAUGAAAGUAUGAACACCGUCUUAGUGCAAGAGAUGGAAAGAUUUAACAACUUGCUGAUAACAAUCCGAAGUAGUUUGCUCAAUCUUCAGAAGGCUAUCAAGGGAUUGGUUGUUAUGUCCUCUGAUCUAGAGGGUGUGGCUCACAAUCUUCUUAUUGGCAAAGUACCAGAGAUGUGGGCCAAACGUUCCUAUCCAAGUCUGAAGCCUCUCGGUAGUUAUAUCAAUGAUUUCCUAGCCAGGUUGAAGUUCCUGCAGGAUUGGUACGAUGAUGGCAAACCUAUGGUCUUCUGGUUGUCUGGAUUCUUCUUCACUCAAGCUUUCUUGACAGGAGCAAUGCAGAACUAUGCUAGGAAGUAUACCAUACCCAUUGACAAGUGUGGCUUCCAGUUUGAGGUGUUACCAUCAGAGACAGCUGAUAAAGCCCCUGAAGAUGGCGUUUAUGUAAAUGGACUCUUCUUGGAUGGUGCUAGAUGGGACAGGAAACGAGGAAUGCUUGGAGAGUCAUUACCUAAGGUACUUUUUGACUCUGUACCAAUCAUCUGGAUUAAACCAGGCAUAAAAGCAGAGUUCAAGUCUAAAGGUGACUACAUCAGCCCUCUGUACAAGACUAGUGAGAGGAGAGGUACCUUGUCGACCACCGGUCAUUCUACCAACUUUGUCCUUGCCAUUCAUCUUCCUACUGACCGUCCGGUAGAACAUUGGAUUAAGAGGGGCGUUGCCCUACUUUGUGGGUUGGAUGACUGAGUACAUCAGAGGUUUUUAUACUGAUUAGUUUAUCUUUCACUUGCUUCUUUAGAGUAUAUGCAGGGUGAUAAAGAUAUUAUAUGCAGACCUGCCAACUCUCCUGGUUUUUAAAUUUCAAAAUGACCCAAAAUCACAAUGGCUUGAUUUCUGAAAUUUCAUGUCAGAAAAAAAAUGUUGGAAAAAUCGCCAGAGACCCAUUCAUGCCCCAAGUCCUCCAUACAUCUGAAAUAGCCUGGUCCCUUGGGUUAAAGGUGUUAAAAUACAAGAGCUUCUGGAGGCACUGCCUUCUUGACCCCCACAUGUGGCUCUGCCCCUGAACCCUACUGGGGGCUUGGUCAGUCUGGACCAUUGGUUGUCCAGAUUUUGCAUUUCUAAAUGUUGGCAGGUAUGGUUUAUGAUUAUUACAAUAUAAGUUCAGAUUUUCAAAUUGUACUUGGCUGUUGGUCCACAGAUUGUAUUUUGAGGGGUCAUUGCACGAAAACAAAUAAUUUUGUUAUUUAUUGCAUUCAAAAUUGUAACGUGGCUUAGUAGCAAAUCAAAAUCAAGAUUUCCAUGGUACCUUUUUACAACAAAUUCAUCAUAAUCUUAAGUUGUAUGCAUCAGGGCCUCUGUUGUGCUAAUUUCUGGCCAUAUGUUUGUACAAUAUAAUAUGUAAAUGAUGAUGUAAGGUUAAACAUGCGCCAAGACUAAAACUCCAUUGCCAGACAAAGAUGUAUUUUUGUCUCACCUGCAUAGCAGUGUGAGACUAUAGGCGCCGCUUUUCCGACGGCGGCGGCGUCAACACCAAAUCUUAACCAAGGUCAAGUAUUUGAAAUGACAGCAUUACUUAGAAUCAUAGAAUGUAUAUGGACCUAAGCCAUGAAACUUGGCCAUAAGGUUAAUCAAGUAUUACCGAACAUCCUGCCUGAGUUUUGAGUCACAUGACCACGGUCAAAGGUCAUUUAGGGUCAAUGAACUUAGACCAUGUUGGGGGAAUCAAUAUCAAAAUCUUAACCUAAGGUUAAGUUUUUGAAUGUCAUCGUAACUUUGAAAGUUUAUGGAUCUGAUUCAUGAAACUUAGACAUAAGAGUAAUCAAGUAUCACUGAACAUCAUGUGCGAGUUUCAGGUCAAAGGUCAAUGGACUUUGGCCAUGUUGGGGGUAUUUGUUGAAUAACCUUCAUAACUCUGAAAGUGUAUGGAUCUAGUUCAUAAACUUGGACAUAAGAGUAAUCAAGUAUCAUUGAACAUCUCAUGUGAGUUUCAGGUCACAUGACCAAAGUCAAAGGUCAUUUAAGGACGUUCCACAGUUAUGUUUGUGCGCAUCAUGAUCUGAGCAUAUUUUACACUCCGCGCACUGACGUCACAAUGGAUGAACUGGUGAUUAAUCAGCUGAAGGUAUUGAGAGCUGAAUUUUCUCCUUAUCUGCACUAACUGCAGAUCCGAUGUGUUAUUUUAUGAAGCUAAGAAACUGGAAUUAUUCCAUGGACAAUUCUUUUUAUUCCUCUACAAUUUCAAAAUACUUUUCUCUGUAGUGCUGCAAAGUAUGAUGAAUAUGACCUCGAGUUUUAAUAAAAUAAAUGGUAGAGUGGUUCGGAAUUUUUCCUCACAUAGAUACAAAGCUUUUGGCGUGUUUUGGGGGUGUUUUAAGAAGCACAUUUGCUCUAAUAAGAGUGCUGAUAGUUUGAAAACAAGCACAUGAACCCAUAUUUUUUAAUGUUUACACCUUUUAUGUAUACCUUCCUCUACAACUUUGCAAAGUUUGGUGAAAAUGACAUGGGUUUUGAAUAAAGUGCAGCAUUUCUUUUACUUCUCAAGUUUGUUAUUGAAAUUUGAAAUUUUGAGGUUGAGUAUUAAUAUAUUUCCGGCAAUUUCUAAGAACUUAGAGUGCUGUUAGACUUAAAUGAGCAAACAAUUGAAAGCAAUAAAAAUAGAUCCAUUGUAAGGAUACAAUUAUUGCAAAAUUUGAUGAAGUUUUCAUGGAUUUUGACUGAGUAAUAGAGCUUUAAACUCAUUGUUGUGAUCUCGUGAGGUCUAAAAAUGCCAAAUUCUUUUGAAUGCGAUAUUCUUAAAGAACAUCGUUUUAAGUUAACUUUGAAGCUCUUUAGCAAAAAAAUCAAGCUCAUGGACCUAUGUUAAUUUGUGCAUAUUUGGAAUAUUCAGGUUCUAAAGUAUCUAUGUCCAAAGUAUGAUGAAAAUGACAUGGAUUUUCAAUGUUUGGGAACAAGACUACGGAACCAUUCGCAUUUUACACGAUAUUAACAGGCUUUUGCUUUUUUCGGUGCAUUUUUGGCUGUUUCAAGCCAACUCGCAACACUUUAGACACUCAUAGUUUAAAAACGAGCACAUGGACCCCAUAUUUUCAAUAGUUUAAUGCCUUUAGACUAUAUUCCUCUACAAAUCUAGAGAGUAUGGUGAAAAUGACAUGGAUUUUGAAUGUUUGGGAGCGAAAUACGGGAACCAUUCGCAUUUUAGACGGUAUUAUAGACUUUUGCAUGUUUUCGGCGCAUUUGGGCGAUUUUCAAGCCAACUCGCAACACUUUGGACACUGAUAACUAAAAAACGAGCACAUGGACUCCAUAUUCUUAAUAUUUCAACGGCUUCAGAAUAUUUUCCUCUACAAAUCUAGAGAGUAUGAUGAAAAUGACAUGGAUUUUGAAUGUUUGGGAGCAAAACUACGGAACCAUUCCCAUUUUAGACGAUGUUAUUAGACAUUUGCACGUUUUCGGCGCAUUUUAGGCGAAUUUCAAGCCAACUCGCAACACUUUAGACACUUACAGUUAAAAAACGAGCACAUGGACCCUAUAUUUUUAACAUCCCUACAUCUUCCAUAUACAUUUUUCUACAGUUUAGCCGAAUUUGAUGAAAAUGACAUGGAUUUUGAAUAAAGUGCAGCUUAUACUAUACUUUUUUAAUUUUUGAGUAUAUUCACGUCUUUGAAGAUUUGUUUUUUCCGAGAUUUUGCACCAUUCUUGCCAAAUGAGGGCGCUGCUGACUCCAAAUAGAUAUAGUUUUACCAAUUAAAAGACUUUUUACUACUUUCGUAUCUACUAAGUUACACAUUCUGAAAGUUUGAUGAAGUUUGAUGAAGUUUGAUGCAAUAUCGAGAGAGUAAAGAUGAUUUAAACUCAUUUGGUGAAUUCGUGAGGUCUAAGAGAGGCAUAAUUCUCAUGAUUGCGCAAUAUUUCAUAUCAUUCAAAUAUGGCGACUUUGAAGUCCCGUAGAAAAAAAGUAAGCACAUGAACCUAUAUUAUUUUUUGCAUUUUCAUAAUGCAUAGAUACCAAAGUAACUCUAUGCUAAAUUUGGUGAAAAUGACAUGGACUUCAUUUUAACUGUGGAACGUCCUUUAAGGUCAUUGAACUUUGGCCAUUUUGGAGGUAAUUAUUAGAUUGCUGUCAUAACUUUCAAAGUUUAUAGAUUUAGUUUAUAAAAUGUGGAUGCAUGAUCAAGGUCAAAUGUUAUUUAUUGUCAAUGAACGUAGUAUUGUAUCAUUAUAUGAAUGGUGUUUUUUGUGAAUGAUCGAUUACUUUAUAAUAGUUUUCAAAGUCAGCACUGCUGCUAUAUUGAAUCGCGUGAUGCAGGUGAGACUGCCAGAGGCGCUCCACUUGUUAUGAUAACUGCUAACUUUGUUUAUAAUGUAUAUCUUGGAUAAUGUAAUCAUACCUUUUUUUUUGUAAAUAUUCACACAAAUAUCACAUUCAAGAUAUUUGACCAAAGCAUCAGUAGAAUAUGCAUUAUCAGUAAGCAUUGCUGAUUAUUGUAUUCAUUGACUUAUAUCUUGCAUAUAUUUUAUAAUUGUACAUAUGUAAUAUUGACUUGGAUUUUUUUUUGUAAGCUGCCAAUUUGACCCUCUUGUAUUGAAAGGGAUUCAUUCCUGCCUGGUAUCACCCCAAACCUUGUGAUUCAAAAUUCAGAGACUUAUUUAUGAGACUUCCACUUGACUCAAGUUAACUUGACUACAUGCUACUCAGUGACAGGUAUUCAUAAGUGUAAGAACAAAGGAAUUUGCAAUGUAGAUGUAGAGGAGGCCAUAUUGGGAUUAUCAUAGCUUUUCAUAUAUUUCUUUUCAUAGAUCUUUUGAAAUAUUAUGAAUAAUUCUGUUUGUAAGUACUAUUUUGAGAUGAAUACAUGUGUGUGGUAUAUUUUGAGGAUAUUUUGAAUAGUUUUUCCAUUUAAAAAACCCCAAUGGCUAUUUGAUUAUACUUACUUCACUUAUGGGAAGAAAGAAGAACAUUUGAAAUAUUUUGUAUAGAUUUCAUUGAGAGUGAGAGAUAGUGAAAUUAAGAAAAAAAGAAUAAAGAAUGAAUUCAUUGUCUAUUAAUUAAUUGCUGUAAUUGCGUUUGAAUUGCUUUCAACCACAGUAAAAUGAAUACUAGUUAUUGAGAUGAGACUAUAUGAUAAGAAAAAUAAAAUAUUACAUUCUUUUAGAUACAUGUAUACUCAAUAUACUGAGUCAGUAGUGAUAAACAUGAACCUAAGUCAAUGCUUUAAAUAAAAAAAUGGUAAUGAAUGAAUGCUGUCACAUGCACUUUGCACUUUUCAUUUUAAACAAUGCAGAUAAUAAGGGAAAAAUAAACUUUUGUUCAGACGAUGUAUACAUAUGUAUAUUUGUAAUUUUGUAUAUGCAUUAUUGUAAAUAAUUGCAUUUCCAAAUGUAUAUAUUUUACAAAUUUACCUCCGUCCAUAGCUUAUUCUGUCCAUUUUCUAUGGUAUCCCGUCCAUUGUCCAAUAAAAUGAGUAAUGACCUAUGUUUCUGUUUGAAAAAAAAAUUGUAUUUAUAACAUAAGAAUGUAUCUUAAAUACAAUUGUAAUGUUCUUGAUUGGAUAUAACAUGUAAUUGAAUUGUAAAUUUUCUUUACUUAAAUAGUUGGCGUAUGACCAAGCAAUCUGUGAAUCUUCCUUUCUCCAGAAAUGUUUCAAAGCCUUCUGUACCUUAUUGAUUGUGUGUUUGCAACUGUCUUAAAAUUAUACAUUUAAAAGAAGUGUGUGUUAGUUUGUUAAUAAUUAAUUUUUUUUAAUGUUUAUAUUUGAUGGACCAAUUUAUCAGAAAUGCACUUGAAUGGAAAAGGAGAUGUUUGAUUCUUUCAAAAUAUGUGUGCCUACUUUAAUCACCUUGUGAGUGUACAAAAUUGAUAAAAACCUUGAAUGAAAAUUAUUAUUUUAAUGACAGCUUGAAUAUCAUAACAUGUAUAUAUAUUUUUGUAAAUUACAUUAUGUAAAUUAACUAUUCUUGUAUUAUAUGUGUUCUUGACUUCACAGCCAUUUAUAACAAUAAGAUAUAUAUAAAUUUAUAUUUCAAUGCUUAUGAAAGAAAGAUGCUAUGAUGUUGUGAUGUUGUUUGACAUGUAAUAAAACACAAGAAAUAUUCCCCUAA